CUCUCUGGUUGUCCCCAGUUUGAUGUGCAAUUGUGUAACAACUUUUAAUGACUUAGGCCUUGCAAACACUAUAAAUACUCAGUUCAGUGUGCCAAGUGGCAGCAUCAAAGAACUCCAUUCAGCUAUACCCAUAAACCACAAAGGAAACCAGAGAAAUCACCAUGAGCACUGAAGGAAAAACAAUUACAUGUCAGGCAGCCAUUGCCUGGGGAAAAAAUUCUAUUUCAAUUGAAGAAGUGCAAGUUGAACCACCAAAGACUGGAGAAGUUCGUAUUAAAUUGACAUCUUCAGGGAUCUGUGGUUCUGAUGAUCACGUCCUGAAAGGAAGAUUCCCAAUGAAGUUCCCUUUAGUUCCAGGCCAUGAAGGAGCUGGGAUUGUGGAGAGUAUUGGUAAUGGAGUGAGCUCUGUAAAACCAGGAGACAAAGUCCUCACACUGAUUAUUCCACAGUGUGGCAAAUGCAAUUCCUGUUUGCACCCCAAAGGAAACUUCUGUGAUAAGCAAGAUGUUCUGCCUUGUUCUGGGUUGAUGCUGGAUGGGACCAGCAGAUUUAGCUGCAAAGGAGAGAAGAUCUACCACUCUUUCCGUGUAAGCACAUUCACCGAAUAUACUGUGGCACCUGAGAUCGCAGUAGCAAAAAUCGAUGCUGCUUCACCUAUGGACAAAGUUUGUCUCCUAAGCUGUGGAAUACCUACAGGCUACGGGGCUGCCGUUCGGUCAGCCAAGGUCACCCCCGGGUCCACCUGUGUGGUUUACGGGCUUGGAGGAGUUGGCUCAGCCGUUGUCAUGGGCUGCAGAGCCUCUGGUGCAUCCAGGAUCAUCGGUGUGGACAUCAACGAGGAGAAGUUCCCCCAGGCAAGAGCCUUAGGGGUCACUGAUUGUCUCAAUCCUCAGACCCUCCAGAAACCAGUCCAGGAGGUCGUGAUGGAAAUGACAGGCAGUGGUGUUGAUUUUGCCUUUGAAGCCAUUGGCCUCAUUGAAACCAUGACAGCCGCUUGGGACUCCUGCAACAACAGCUAUGGUGUCUGUCUGAUCAUUGGAUUGGCUCCACUAGAUUCGAAGCUUUCCCUCGAGGCAACAAAGAUUAUCACUGGAAAAACACUGAAGGGUGUGUGUUUAGGAGAAUACAAAACCAGAGACUGUAUUCCCCAAAUAGUGUCUGAUUACCUGCAAAACAAAAUUGAUAUAGAUCCUUUGGUAACUCAUCAGCUGCCUUUUAACCAACUCCACAAAGCCUUGGAGUUGUACCAUGCUGGAAAAUCCAUCCGCUGUGUUCUACUUUUCUGAGACUUUGAUCAUAAGAGAUACAAGGGCAUCCUUCAAAAGCAGAGGGAAAGAUCGAAACCCUAAUUACAACAAGCAAAAGGGAAUAACAAGGACAAUGCAGGCUAUUAGACACACAACUAGGAAGAACUUUGAAGACAAAAAGAAGCAAAUCAAGAAAAUAUCAAAGAAAUAAAUAAGAUUUUCUUCAUCUUACAAUUUAGGAUACCACCCUAAACCCUCCCAAAUAAAAACCAAUUACUCAAAAUAAUUUAAUUUAAAAAAUACCCACAAGUGAGACAUGAUUAUUACACUUAAGAAUGCCAAGGUAAGAAUAAAAGAUUUUUAUUAGCAUACAUUAAUAGUACAAGGAGAUAUAAAAGAUUGUUUAAGAAAAAAAAAAAGAUAGGGGCUAGGAAUGGUGGCUCACAUUUGAAAUUCCUACUACUUGAGAAGCAGAGAUGGGAAGAUCAACGUCCACAGCUGGCCCAGACAAAAGUGUAAGAUCCUAUCAGGAGAAAGUAAAAACUAAAGCAAAAAGGGUUAGUGGUAUGGUUCAAGUGGUAAGGCCACUGAAUUCAAUCCCCAGUACUGGAAAAAGAAAAGAAAAAUGCAGUAGGGAGUGACAGGUGACAUCAGGGAAA